GCAGAAGCGAUGCUGUACAAGAAAACACUCUCCCGCCAUGGCUAGGUCUUACAAUCUCCCAUUGUGUCAGACGAGAAAUCCUUUGAGCCUUCAGGCCCGCAAAGCAGCCGCUUCCACGAAGCACCCGAGGGAUCCGAAUUGGCUUCAGAGAUGAUGGAAACUAGCUUAUGAGAUUACGAGGUCGCCGGCUGAUACGGAUGGGCAAAACUUUUGGUUUGGGGGCCGAAUAAGAGAUUGAAGCUGGAAUCGGAUUCAAAGUGAGUCAAGUAUGGUCAUCUGUAGGCUAUAAAAGGACCCGUAGGGUGGAAGCUUUCGACAUGGGAGCAAGAGGCGCGCAAAACAUCGAAAACUUCCAAUUGACUGUUUUCAUAUCAUCAUGUUCCGUACGAUUUGGCCCUGGAUAGGGCUGCUGUCGGCAACCUAUGCCGCUCCUCAAGCGCCCAUUGAUUUCCCGACGCUUCUCGCGAAUAAAACCAACCUGUGGUCUCACGGCACGGUGGUGUCAUUUCCCGAGAAUGCCUACUUCGAGAAUGCCACCGAGCGCUGGACCACCUGGGCGGCGCCCAGCUACUUUGCUGCGGUCAGUCCAGCUACCGAACAGGACGUGGUCACCGCUAUCAAACUGGCAACCUCCGCAAACAUCUCUUUCCUGACCACUGGCGGCCGCCAUGGAUUCACGGUCACGUUGGGGGAGCUGGAUCAAGGACUAGCAAUCGACCUUGGCCAGCUCGAUUCCUACCAUAUUGACUCGACCGCCGAAACCGUCACCAUAGGCGGGUCCACCACCAUUGGUGACCUGCUGGAACCGCUCGCUGCGGCAGGGUUCAUGAUUCAAAGCGGCUCAGGCUCAUGUCCGGGAUACGUCGGUCUGACUGUGGGCGCGGGGGUCGGACGGUACAUGGGCUACUUUGGCCUGGUGAUGGACGGCCUGCUCUCCGCUCGGAUGGUGACGGCGGACGGCAGACUGGUGGAGGUCUCUGCCACCAAGAAUCCCGAUCUCUUCUGGGGGCUGCGAGGCGCCGGCGCGAACCUGGGGGUCAUCACGUCCGCCACCUACAAGCUGCACCGGAUGUCGGACCACAACGACGGCAUGAUCAUGAAUGCCGACUUCAUCUUCCCCCUCAACCACACCGAGGCGUACUUCCGGUACCUGGCCACGUGGAGCGGACGCAUGCCCGCCCACGUGGCCGCCAUCACGCUGGUGAACUAUAACACCACCACUCAGGAGCCUCAAGUCCACGCGAACUGGAUCUAUAUCGGCCCCGAGGCCGAGGCCCGGCAGUUCCUGGCCCCGAUCCUCGCGCUGCACCCCGCCUCGUCGACGCUGACCUACGUGCCGUGGAACAAGCUGCUCGCCACCGCCGGCGGCGCCGGCUUCAACGACGCGCUGUGCCAGAAGGGCGCCAACCGGAACUUCUACACCGUGAACCUGCGCAAACUGACCGCGGCCACCUUCCAGGACACCUUCGACCAGAUGGCGGCGUUCUACGCGGGCUACCCAGACGCCCCGUCCACGUACAUCAACAUCGAGACGUUUCCGAACCAAGCCACCGUCGCCGUGCCAGACCAUGCCACCGCCUAUCCCUGGCGGGACGCGAUCGGCUUCAUCCAAGUGGGCAUCAUCCCGGACGAGGGCGCCAGCGCCGCGACGCAGCAGGCCGGCGACGCGCUGGCGCUGCGGCUCCGCCAGAGCUGGGUCCAGACCUCGGGCUACCCCGACCUCUCCAUCUACGUCAACUACGCCCACGGCGACGAGACGCUGGAGCAGAUCUACGGGCGCAGCAAGUUGCCGCGGCUGGCGGCGCUGAAGAAGCAGUGGGAUCCCACGAAUGUUUUCGGGUAUAAUAAUGCUUUGCCUACGAGUUAUCACGGCACGAAGCCGUGAUUGGUCUGGCCUGACGCAACUGAAAGUCAAUCAACUAAGAUGAACAGGG